CAAAAAAAGAAAAUAUAAACUUACGUUUUCGCAUUUGCAAAUUGCAAUGAUAAUUGUUUUUUUUAAUAUACAUUAACUUAUCAUAGCAAAGGCUCCGUUUGUUGUAUGAUGACUCUAUAUAUGUAACUCCAUAGUAACUCACUGUCUCUUGAUGUGACAAUAAAAAGAAGAGAGUACCUCUCUGUCUUUGUUAUAUAAGAAAACAUCAACUUCUUUGCUCUCUCAACGCAACGCACUAAUCUCUUUCCACCACCAAACGCUAAACGCAACAGCCAAGAUGACUGAGAAGGAAUGUGAACAUCACCACGACGAAGAUGAGAAGAUGAGGAAACGUAUAGGAGCAUUGGUGCUUGGGUUUCUCGCAGCUGUUCUUUUCGUGGUUUUCUUGGUGUGGGCGAUACUUCACCCACACGGACCACGUUUUGUUCUUCAAGACGCAACCAUUUACGCGUUCAACGUUUCUCAGCCUAAUUAUCUCACUUCUAAUCUUCAGGUCACUCUUUCUUCACGAAAUCCUAAUGACAAGAUCGGAAUCUUCUAUGACCGCCUUGACAUCUACGCAUCUUACCGCAACCAACAGGUGACGUUGGCGACGUUAUUGCCGGCGACUUACCAAGGCCACCUUGAUGUGACAAUAUGGUCGCCGUUUCUGUAUGGAACAACUGUACCGGUGGCACCAUAUUUUUCUCCGGCGUUAAGCCAAGAUCUAACGGCGGGGAUGGUGCUUCUGAAUAUCAAGAUCGAUGGUUGGGUUAGAUGGAAAGUGGGAACGUGGGUCUCCGGUAGGUACCGCCUCCACGUCAAUUGUCCAGCUUACAUUACCUUAGCCGGACAUUUUUCUGGUGAUGGUCCAGCCGUGAAGUACCAGCUUGUCCAACGAUGUGCCGUUGAUGUUUAAACAAAGGGAUCAUCAUUAUUCUUUAGAGAGACUAGAGUACUUUUGUUGUGCUUUUAGUGUUAGUUAAGUAAAUUCUUCGAAAUGUUAUUAUUCAUAAUAAUAAUAUAUUGUUUGUCUUUUUUUUCUUAUGAGAUUUAAGUUUAACAUAAUAAUUACUAGGUCCCUCUUUUCCAUUCUUUAAAAUAAAUACCAAG